CUGAGCAGAGAGGAAGUGCGCUGCAGCUGCCAUCUAUACUGCACUAGUGGCAGCUUGUGUGCACAAUAUGGCGCUGGCUAUUAAACGCAGAGUCAACACUGUGUGUAUCGAAUUGACCCGUGGAGCUGUGUCUAGGCCAUCUACAACGUUGAUAUUGCCGGCAAUUAUUCGUGACACCUAUGGUAUUGCCAGUGAGGACUUAUGUGGUGUGGCGGUGCAUGGAGCGUCCAGGAUUUUUGUGAAGUUCUGUCAGGCCAGUGUUUAUGAGGCAGUGGUGGAGAGGUACCAGGAUGUUACCUUAACGGUUAACCAUUCAGUGUCUGUGAAGCUCAAUGAUGUGUCACGAUAUUAUACAUGGGUGAAAAUCCGUAAUGUGCCUUUUGAGGCCGAUGAAUCAGAUCUCCGUGCAGCUUUCGAGAAAUACGGCACAAUACAUACGGUGGGAAGGUGGUCUGAGAGGCUGUAUGCAGGGAUUCCUGAGGGAACCUUCACUCUGAAGAUGACACUACGUCAACCGAUCCCAUCCUACGUCAUCUUGGACGACUUCAAGAGCCAGGUGAUGGUGUCAUACACAGGGCAACAGCAUACCUGUCAUUUGUGUGGUGCGUAUGAUCAUACUGCAGCUCAGUGUGAGCAACGACAGGACACCAGUGAACAAGAACAGCCACACACGGACGCCAGGGAGGAAAGUGCGGAGUAAGAUCCGCCUUGUAUGUCGUACCCCUGAAAUGCUGAGCCUCUUUCAAACUGCUGCUGCCAGGGAGAGUAUGACACAGCUGCGCCAAACAGACUGGAAACAAUUUGUUUAUGGUCUCAAUGCUCACACCCCACUUAGCCGGGCAUGGAGGGACAUUAAUAGAAUUAAGGGUAACAGACCUGGUCAGAUCGCGAACCUUCAUCCCUUAUAUAGUGGGAAUGAGUUAAUCAUUGCUUGGACUGCUACAUCUAGCUAUGGCAGUCUUCCCAGUGUCACACAGGCGAAAUUAAUGGACAAAUAUGAUGCAAGGGAGAGACUGAUUUGUUUUAUGCUCAGCAAGGAAGAUAACUGUAACUUUCCUUUCACUAAUUUUGAACUUGAUGCAGAACUAACAGCUUCACGUCACUUGGGGAGGAUGGUAUUACUUGCAACAUACAUAGAUUGCUGUGUCGAGUACCAGCCUUGACUUGUCGGCGUGGGUCAUCUGACACGAGCGAGGUGAAGAUAAGGACAGCAGGGAUAUGGCAAAGAUCUAUUGAGCCAACCGCAUAUACCUACGAUCCAACUGCCCCCUUUCACUCGUAACCAAUCACCCUAGCCAGCUACACACCCAGCUUGAAUACGUGUCUUGUCAGGCUACUCAACACUGGUGAUAAGAGUGGCUAUCCAACAUUUUCAGCACUGGUGAUCAGAGGAUAAGUUCACCUUGGCAGAAUUGUGUUGUGGAAACAGUCUUGUGUCCCGAACAACAUAGACCCCCCUCUUCAACAACGGCUUCUGAUCUUCAAAGCGCAGUGUCAACAACACUGACACACCCUUCUACAACUACAUUUGUACAGAUUAGCUUUGGAUUCCCUUAUUACUUUUAUAUUUUAUUUUUCAUAUUUCUUUAACCCUUAAACAGUCCAAAUAUAUCUGUGUUCACUUGCGCAGCGCCCUGAAUAUUUUGACAAAAAAAAAAAAAAAAGAUUUUAUAGAAAUAAAAAAAAAAGAGCACAAGGUAGUAAGUGGUCCCAAAUUUUUUUUAAUAUGGUGCACACCGAGUGUUAAGACCCAUUCUAUACUUACCAAGCAUCUCAGGGCAAUUUUGCCAAAUUUGGAGGCAGGAAAAUUAAAACGUAUAUGUACGUUUGGGGCGCUACGCGUAAGAACGUAUAUAUACAUUUGGACUUUAGGGGUUAAAAUAGGAUUAAUUCUCAUGUUUAAUUGUUUUACAUUUAUGCCUGAAAUCAUGUAAUAAAAAUGUUUAUCUUCUCA